CAACUCGCUUACGGUGGUUGCGAACCUUACUGCGCUCUGGCAAAACUUCUGGGGUUGGUUUUUAUGCUCAAGAAGAUGGCGGUUAUCAGGACGGUCGUAAUCUUGCUGGCCUUGCAACUUGCAUACGCCCAGGAGGACACAGCUACCAUGUUGACAAACUGCAGGAAAAACCACAUCGAGCGUCUCAACGAGUGCCUCGUAAGCGCCAUCAUGAAGAUGAGACCUCAGAUUGCCGCUGGUAUUCCACGGCUGAAUUUUCCUCCCAUGGACCCCCACCGGCUGGCCCCUAUCGUUUUCAACCAGCUGGAGGGCCCCGUGCAAGUGCGCUCUCGCUUCGAUGAUAUCGUCAUAACCGGCUUGUCCAAGUUUGACAUCAAAUACUUCGACUGGAAUAUCAAGCUGAAGAAAAUGUUUUUCGGCUGUACCAUCCCCUCACUCCUGCUAAAGGGCAAAUACAACGUCACUGGCCGCAUCUUCGAGCUCCCCAUCGAGGGUGCCGGGGCCUACACAUCCCUCCUGACUGGAAUCGUGAUCGAAGCCGAGAGCGACAUAGGAUAUAGGCCAGACGGAAAGAGGUACUCGGAGAACUUCGAAAUGAGCUUCAAGAUAAAAUCAUCGGAUGCAAAGUUCGACAACCUCUUCGGCGGUAACAAAGUCCUCAGCGACACCAUGAAUCACUUUUUGAAAGAAAACGACGCACUGAUUAUGGAAGAGCUGCGACCAGGCCUGCAGAAGCAGUUCGGUGGCCUGCUGGGGGUUAUACUCAAGGCGUCUGUUGAAGCCCUACCAACCGUGGGCCCGGCGCUCACUGAUCUUCCUAACGAAAAUUCACAAGAUAAGCAUCGGCGCAGAACCAAUGAAAUAUUAGCAGCUAAAGCUCAAGCACAGGCUCAAUCGUCUCAACGCCUGCAGGGACAGCGUGGCUGAUGGAGCUUUUACCCUGAAAUCCUAUUCGUGCAUUUAGUUGUAACUGACGGUGCGAACAAUUGAACAAAGGAUGAACGUUUCAAGCAUGAGCGCUAUACAUCAUACACAUUUCUUUGAAACCUCCGGUAGCUUUCAAGUUCAAUUUUAAAUCACUUCAUCACAUGACGUUUUAAUAACUACUUUGAGGUAAUGAGCCGUUUCGUUUUCGUUUUAGUGAUUUGCGGUAUUUUCAAGUGAGCAUCAAAUCGUUUCUUUUUUUUUCAAAUUACUUACUUAGGCAGUUUAGGCUGCGUUGUUCCGUAAAUCAGUUAUUCCCAUUGUUUAUAAGUAUAAGUAAAUGGCGACGGCAUUACCGUCGCCUUUUGCUAUCCUGGCAUAAAUUAUAGAGUAACAAUCAUUGCAAUAAAGACCAAGCAGUGUAUUUUGAACCAAAUGAAAGACUUACACAAGUUCAGAGUAAAACCUUACUAAAUUUGAUAUUUCUGAGUUACGUGACAUAUUGCCUAUUCUAAUUAAACUAUUUUCUCACCAAUACUACUAUUAGUCUUACUAAUGCUCCAAUUUUAAUGCUAAUACGGAUAUUCUACUAAUUCCAUAAUUCAAUAAAAUU